GCUCCGUCACUCUCUCUCUCACUCUCUCUCGAUCGACUGUUUCCUAAAUUGUCAUCUCUGUCCGAUCCCAUCGGUUACAGCUGCAGUAGAGAGAAACCAAAGACCAAAAUCACUCACCAAAAAAAAAAAAGGAAUGGCGGGUGAGGAGAGAUGGUGUGUGGUGACGGGAGGGAGAGGGUUUGCUGCGCGGCAUUUGGUGGAAAUGCUUCUCACAUACGAUAUAUUCUCCGUCCGAAUUGCCGACUUGGGCCCCACAAUCGACCUACAACCAGUCGAGGAGAAGGGACCCCUCGGCCAAGCCUUGCGCUCUGGCCGCGCACUAUAUGUUCCCACCGAUCUCCGAAUCAAGGAGCAAGUAGUGAAAGCAUGUGAAGGAGCUGAGGCUGUGUUCCACAUGGCUGCGCCAAAUUCGUCUAUUAACAAUUAUCAGCUACAUCGUUCGGUAAAUGUGGAAGGGACAAAGAAUGUUAUAGAUGCUUGUAUUGAGGUAAAGGUAAAGAGAUUGAUUUAUACUAGCUCUCCUAGUGUGGUCUUUGAUGGGGUUCAUGGGAUUUUCAACGGGGAUGAAUCAUUGGCGUACCCAGCUAAGCACAUAGAUUCAUAUUCAGCAACUAAAGCUGAAGGAGAGGCAUUGGUCAUUAAAUCGAAUGGGAUUAAAGGACUCUUAACAUGCUGCAUACGUCCUAGCGGCAUUUUUGGCCCUGGCGAUAAGUUGUUCGUUCCAUCUCUAGUUUCUGCUGCCAGGGCAGGGAAAUCGAAGUUCAUUAUUGGUGAUGGCAACAACAUUUAUGACUUCACUUAUGUUGAAAAUGUGGCACAUGCCCAUGUAUGUGCGGAGCGAGCUCUUGCAUCAGAAGGGAAGGUUGCAGAAAAAGCUGCAGGGCAGGCAUAUUUUGUUACCAAUAUGGAACCCAUAAAAUUUUGGGAGUUUAUCUCGCUUAUUCUUGGAGGUCUUGGUUAUGAAAGGCCAAGUAUUAAGAUCCCUGCCUUUGUAAUGAUGCCAAUUGCACAUUUGGUGGAUUGUACAUAUAGGCUGUUAGGUCCAUAUGGGAUGAAGGUUCCGCAGUUGACACCUUCAAGAAUAAAACUCCUCUCUUGCAGCAGAUCUUUCAAUUGUUCGAAAGCAAAGGAUCUAAUUGGCUACACACCCAUCGUAUCACUUCAGGAAGGUCUAAAGAGGACAAUUGAGUCAUACUCUUUCUUGAGGGCUGAACUUCCACCCAAAAGAGAAGGGCCUUCUAAAGCUUCCAUAUAUCUUGGAAGUGGAAUGGUUGCUGACACUUUACUCUGGAGGAAUAAAAAGCAGACACUUGCUGCUUUGUUAGUUUUGGUUGCAAUUUACUGCAACUUUGUAGCAUCUGGAUUUACCCUCCUGAGUGCCCUUUCAAAGCUUCUCUUGGUGACAUCAAUGUUCUUGUUUAUCCAUGGCUUUUUACCAGGAAAAAUAAUGGGAUAUACAGUUGAGAAAAUACCCGGGUCUUGCUUUCACUUGUCAGAAGAAAUGUCGAUAAGAGUUGCUUCGGCUGUGGCCUUAUCUUGGAAUGCUGCUGUUACUGUUUUGAAAUAUCUUUCGAAGGGGAAUGACUGGAUUUUGUUCCUUAAGGUUGUUCUCUCCCUACUGCUUCUUAGCUUCCUCGGAGCCAUUUCAAUUCAUGGAUUUUUUGUUAUAGGUCUUCCUGCUGCUUUUGUAGCCUUCUAUCUUUAUGAGAAAAAAGAGCAGGAAAUUGAUGCUAUGGUUCUGGAAACUCUGUCUCUUGGAUGCAAAUUAAAAUGCAAAAUUGUUGGAAAAUUUGUUACUUCCAAGAAGAUUGACAGCUAGUAGCCCACAUUUUCUUCACUAAGACGUGGUGCUAGGAUCUUCUGUUUCCUUGUUUGGACCAAUGUCCUUUUUUGGGAUAAAGUGAAGUACAGGGCCAUUUGCCUGAUAUUUUGAUGAUUUGAGAAAGGGCAUUGGCAUGACAGUGUUGUGUGAGUUGAGUACUAUUUGUGUCAGGCUUUGAGAAUUCUCUAGAAAAUAUGAGGUGCUUGAUAUGCUUGUGUA